AUGAGUAUGCUGCUGCGACGUAAUUCUAGCCAGUUGCGGCUGCUUCUUUCCUCUGGUGGUCAGGUCAUUCGCCUGGCUUCUAGCGGAGUAGAGCCACCGGCUGCCGGAAAGCCAGAGAUCAGGAAACCCAAGCGCCAACCCCCACCCGUAGUGCCCGAUUCGGAGAUCAAGAAGUCUGUGUUUAUUUCGCAGUCCAGCGAUGUGUUCACAAAUCUGGCUUUAGAGGACUGGCUGUACAAAAACUUCGACUUCAGUCAUCAUCAUGUCCUGCUGCUGUGGGCCAACGAUCCAUGCGUAGUCAUUGGACGCCACCAGAAUCCCUUCACCGAGGCCAAUGUAUCGCGUCUGGUGGAGCGCGGCAUCACCUUGGCCCGGCGAAACAGUGGAGGCGGAGCAGUUUACCAUGAUCUGGGAAACCUCAACUGCACUUUCUUCUCGCCCAGAGAGCGCUACGAUCGCAAGUACAACCUGAACAUCGUGACCAGGGCUUUGUUCCGCGAGUGGGCUAUAAAGGCAGAGAUUAAUGAGCGUGACGACAUUGUCGUGAUGAACAAGAAGAUUUCUGGAACGGCUGCCAAGUUGGGACACCCGAACUCGUACCACCACUGCACCAUCCUGGCCAGCGCCAACAAGCUGCACUUGGGUGAAUCUCUAGUACGAGAGCCGGCAAACUACAUUAGCCGGGCCACGGCUUCGGUGCCGUCGCCAAUUCGUAAUCUGGUUGAUGUCAAUCGUAUGGUUAACGUUACCCAGCUGCGCUCUGCAGUAGGCUACGAAUAUCUGAGGACGGCGGCCACUACACUAGAAGACGGCGGUAGUACGCAAACAAUGAAGCAGCGCGGUUUCCAAUUAAUCAAUCCCACUGAGAAGUGGUUCCCCGGCAUCGACGAACUGCGAUCCAACUAUAGCUCCUGGGACUGGGUGAUCGGCAAGACACCCAAGUUCACGGUGCAGAAGGACCUGGAGGUCAAGGGCGAUGAGCAGGACAUGAAGCUAAAACUAAGCGUGGAAGUAGAGGCUGGAUUAAUGAAAGAGAUCGGUAUCCAGUUGCCGCAAAGCGAUCAGCUCGUUCCGGUGGUCACUCCGCUCCAGGGCAAGCCCUACAACGAGGAGAACCUGAAUGGCAUUCUUGGCGCCUUGAAGCUCGUCAGUGCAUCGAAUGUAAAGCAGGCAAUAAACGGCUCAGCAUGAUUGCUGGUUUGUUAGCUCGAUAAAAAAAUAUUAACCUCUAUGUAGUUUCACUAACUAAAACUAAUAUAUAGAUUUAAUCUUUCCAAGAAAACAUAUUACUAACAUAGUAUUUAAGCGUUUUGCAAGCAAACUAUUUACUUUUGUUACCCCGUUUUAUAUAAAAGAACUGCAAUUAAAUGUUAAAACAUUGAAAUUAAAAAAAA